AUGCCCAGGGCAGCCAUCAUUCCGAACCUCUGUCUCGCUUUCUCGAUGUCGCGAGUGCUCGGAGCUUCUGGCUCAGAGCCCCAGCGCCGUGCUGCACAUGUUGGCCGCAACUGGCGAAGAGCUUCCUCUUGUAUGUUCUUUGAUAACAUGCCAAAGAGCCACAAAGGCCUGAGUUCAAACUGCUCCAGCCAACAGAGUCAUUUGAGAGUCUGGAGGUUCCGGCAGAUGCCCAACAGCUGCUUUUUGGCAUACUCUCUGCACGGCAGCACGGCAUCCCUUUGUGGCGAUCAGUGUCAGAGCUUUGAGUUUGAGUUUCUCGCCCCGUGGUUUCGUCAGGCCAAUGUGAUCAUCACUUGGGCACCUUUGUUCCAGCUGGAAUCAGCCCGAAUCGCGAUCCAACUACGCCCUAAAAGCCCUCCUGGCACUGCGCCCGCGCAGGCCUGUGGCAAAGCGCGCCCGGCCCUGUGCAGCGCAGUGGGCUGCGACGAAGGUCUUGUUAAGGGCAACGGAUGGUGCAUACACUGGGUAGAGUCCUGCAGGUAG